AUGAGGUCAAUCGUUCUAUGGGCUCUGAUCGCCUUGGGAGGUGUGCCACUUCUCAUAGGAGCCGCUAACCAACGCCACCAUUAUGAAGUUUCAUUUGAUAACGGUACAUGCAAGUACCGCAAUCAAACACUCGACGAUGGAGGCUUUUUAACAUUACAGUUCCCAUGUGAAUUAUGGCUUUGCAAUGCAACAGAGAAAACACUUACCGUUGAAGGGUGCAAUGUCAGACGCUAUGGGAGUUGCAUCCACGUGCACAAAUAUAGCAGAUACUGGCCAUUUUGCUGUCCGGGUCGUCCGAUCUGCUAA